UGGCAGCGUUUCGGUCAGUGCAGCCCUGUUUGCGUAGAGUUUAGCUGUCAGUGCGAAAUUUGACAAGUCUCCAAUUCUUUUCGGUGUGAAAUAAAAACCAUCAAGAUGGGUCGUAUGCACGCUCCUGGCAAGGGUAUUUCCCAAUCAGCGCUCCCGUACAGACGCACCGUUCCAUCAUGGCUGAAAUUGAACGCCGAGGACGUAAAAGAACAGAUCAAAAAGCUUGGAAAGAAGGGUCUGACACCAUCCAAAAUCGGCAUCAUCCUGCGUGAUUCCCAUGGCGUGGCGCAAGUUCGUUUCGUCAAUGGCAACAAAAUUCUGCGUAUUAUGAAGUCGGUUGGUCUCAAGCCCGAUAUCCCCGAGGAUCUGUAUCACAUGAUUAAGAAGGCUGUGGCCAUCCGUAAGCAUUUGGAACGCAGCCGUAAAGAUAAGGACGGAAAAUUCCGCCUGAUUUUGGUUGAGUCCAGAAUUCAUCGCUUGGCGCGCUACUACAAAACAAAGAGCGUAUUGCCACCAAACUGGAAAUACGAAUCAAGCACUGCAUCUGCUCUGGUUGCGUAAACCCGAAAACCUUGCAUCUGAAAGUGUAUCUUUAAUUUUUGUGUGGCCACCUAUCCAUACAAGCAAUAAAUCUAAUAUGUGAAAGAAAAAUGAUAAUUAAUCCAAA